AUGCAAAGAAGGUGGACCAGAGCACAGAUGAAGACAAGGAUUAGAAUUGAUAAGAGUAGUAUUUUGAAAAUGACUGCAAUGAUGGCUAAUGGACAAGUUACAAAGGUUGAUUCUAUAAAAGUGCAGAGUGAGAACGAUCUUUUUGGGUACGAUAGUUACACGUACUUAAAGUGGGAUGAUUUUGAAGCAGUUCUUACAAUGGAUGAGCUGACCGGUGCUAUCAUUGUGUCUUAUAUGAUGGUGUUGUUUAACAAAAUCAAGUAUGGCCCGCCAGAAAACGAUCAUGGAACUUGCUUUGUGAACCCGACUGUAAUCUCACCAAGUAUGCGUAAAGGGAAAUCUAAGAAUAUUGAUGAUGCAAGUCGAGGUGUUGUAGAUCACUUGUCUACUAGAAAGGGCAAUGACAUCAUCCUAUUGCCCUACAAUCUCGGAAGACAUUGGGUGUUGGGUGUACUAGACAUGAAAUUGGAUACUUGCUAUCAUCUUGAUUCCCUGACAUCUGGAAAUUUCAAUAUGCAGUUGAAGAAAAUUGUUGAUUCGGCAAUGGUUGUGUAUGCUACACAAAGUGGAUCCAACAAGAGGGUUAAACUAAACCGGGUCAACGUUACGUGUCCAGUUCAGACCAGAUCUAGCGAAUGUGGCUACUACAUGUUAAGGUUCAUGAAGGAGAUAGUUGAGGAAGGAAUUGAAGUGUUGGUCGGGGGUAGCAAAGUUGAGUACACCGAUGAUGAUAUCGAUGUAAUAUGUCAAGAAUAG